AUGGAAGCAAAUUUUUGUGGACCAAGAGAUAGAUCAUGUCCUUGCACAAACGAAAAUGCAUUAGCUACAGUUGCUGGUUGCUUAUAUUCCAUUAAUAAAACUGAUGAAAAAUACUUAGAGCCAUGGAUCGAAACUUGUGAGCACAUGAAUGUUACAUUGGAAGGCAACUGGUUUGAACAAGCUAUUGAAUAUUACAAAGAGAAUGCCAAAUCAGCUAAGGAAAUCCCAAAUUUUAAUAGAUCAAGACCAAUUGAUGUUCCUUUCAUCUUGAACAGUUCUAGGACUGAUGUGUUUCAAGAGUCAUACAAAAGAUUCUACAACAAUCUUUACGAUUCAGUCAAUUACGGAGCUGGUCUUUUAGGUUACUGGUUAUUGGUGUUGCUUUUGGGUGCAAUCUUCAACUGGACAAAGUUUUUAUUCCCCGGCCUUACAAAGAAGAUGACCAACCCAGUGGUCAACUUUUGGAGAGCAAACAUUUCAUUACCAGCCACUUUCAAGAUGAAGAAGCUGCAAGAGCAACAAUUUUUGAAAUUUUUUGGUUUUUUGAUUCCCUCAAGAUUCGAGAAGUUGGUUGUCUUCUUAUUCUACUGUGUUACCAUUUGGAUGAAUGCAAUAAACUUAAAAGCACCUAAAGAGGAAGCCAUGUACGGAUCCAAAUACAGGGCAGAGUUGAGGUAUGUUGGUGAUAGAACUGGAAUCACAGCAACAAUGAUGAUGCCAUUGGUGUUCUUGUACGCUGGUAGGAAUAACUUUCUUCAAUGGUUAGUUGGUUGGGACUAUAGUACAUUUGUUAUGUACCAUAGGCACACCGCUCGUAUCAUGUUUAUGUUGGUUGUUGUUCAUGCUGUUUGUUAUACUGUAUUAUUCGGAAGCAACUACUCUUGGAGGGUUCAAGCCAAGUACCUCAAAUGGGGUAUCGUUGCUACAAUUUGUGGUGGAUUGAUCAUGGUUCAAGGUAUGCUUUACUUGAGAAGAAGAUGGUAUGAAGUGUUUUUGAUUUUGCACAUUCUUUUGGCAGUAUUUUGGACAGUUGGUGCUUGGAUUCAUGUUGAAGACUUGGGUUACAUCUGGUUGGUUUAUCCAGCAGUUGCAGUUUGGUGCUUCGACAGAGCUGUCAGAAUUGGACGUUUGUUCUCAUUUGGCUUCCCACAUGCUGAUGUUACCUUGUUGAGUGAUGAAACUUUGAAAGUUGUGAUCCCAAAGCCAAGUUACUGGAAGUCGGUCCCUGGAGGACAUGCAUUCAUCCAUUUCUUGAAGCCAACCUACUUUUGGCAAUCCCACCCAUUUACAUUUACAGACUCAGUUGAAAAUAAUCAUAGUAUUGUGUUGUACUGUAAAGUCAAGGGAGGUGUCACUCACAGUUUGUAUCAAUCAUUGGCAAAAGCCCCAGGAAGAACAUGCAAAAUCAGAGUUAGUGUUGAAGGACCUUAUGGUGAGUCUACCGCUGCUAGGUAUGCCGACACUGCUGUGUUUAUGGCAGGUGGUAAUGGUAUUCCUGGUAUUUACUCUGAAGUCAUUGACGUUGCAAAGAGAACAAAGGAUGGUCAAAAUAAAGUGAAGUUGAUGUGGGUUGUUAGAGAAUGGAGGUCUCUAUAUUGGUUCUACGAGGAACUUCUUAAUUUAAGAGACACCAAAAUUGAAACCACCAUCUACAUUACUCAACCAUCAUGCCAUGUAUUCAUUGAUGAAUUCAAUAAUAGGUUUCAAGGGUUGGAAAGAUUAGAGGAAGAUUCGGAGAAUUUGGACCAUGAAAAGGAAUAUUCAAUCAAUGAAGUGGUUCAAGUAGAAGAAAACUCUAGUGACGAGAAGCAAGACUCUAUCAAGGAAGUUGCAAAAAUUGAGCAAAACUCUUAUGAUGAAAAGGGGGGUUCAACUCACAGAAUUGUUGAUAUAAUCAAAAGGGAGCUUUCUCAUGUUAUAUUCAAAGAAGGUAGACCUUCAAUUAAGGAUAUCAUUCCACAAGAAAUCCACGAAUCGAAUGGAUCGAUUGCAUUCGUGACGUGUGGUCAUUCGGCUAUGGUUGAUGAGAUUCGUUAUUGCUGUGCAAAGAAUGUCACCAAUCCGGAUAAAAAGAGGGUUGACUUUUAUGAGCAAGUUCAAGUUUGGGCUUGA